AUGUUCAGUAACUUGGUUUUCAAUAAAUUUAUCAGAUUUUUCGGCAACGGUCUACUGGUGACUACUCGUCAAAAAUGUUUGAAGACAGUAAUUAACAACAGAAAAUGUACAACGAAACCUUCUAUUAAAGAAAACGUAAUUUUGACAGAUAGCUGUGUCAAACAACUGAACAAGAUAGCAGAUAACAAAUCCUAUUUGAGAGUCCAAAUCGAUAGUGGGGGGUGUUCAGGAUUUCAAUAUAAGUUUACAUUGGAAACUGCUAUAAAUGAAGAUGAUAAAAUUUUUGAAAAAGAUGGCGCAAAGGUCGUGAUUGAUAAGGAGUCUUUGGAGUUUAUCAAAGGUUCUUCGAUUGACUACCACCACGAGCUAAUAAGGUCAGCUUUCCACGUCGUCAACAACCCACAAGCCGAAAAUGGCUGCUCCUGUGGGGCUUCUUUUAACGUCAAAAUUUGA